UCCGCCCAACCCAGCCUGCUGCUGCUGCUACUGCUGCUGCUGCUGCUGCUGCGCUGUCUUUUGUUGCGUGCCCACCCGCCCGUUCGUCGCCAAGGCACCGCCAGUCCAUGGUUCGCCGUCGGAUAUCACGCCGUCGACCAAAAAGCCCGCCCCCAUCCAGGAGCGUCGCAACACCGCUACCACACAUGCAUGUCUGCAUGUCUAGGCCCUGCGCCUGACUCGACUUUCUGUGCCUCCCUUCGCUUCACUUCCUGCCGUGUCCAUCUACACUAGGUGCCCGCACCUACCUACAGGUCGCUAGUACGUAAAUAUCCAGGUGCUUCUACGGCACAGGCUCAGCCCUUUUCGUUCCAGAGGGGGCGCCUCCGACCUGCGUGGCUCCUCGCCAAGAAUCCUAGCUGAGUGGCGGGGUGCAGACGCAAGCGCGCCUCCCAGGAAAUGAACCGUCCCCCAAGAAAAGGGACUUUUUUAUGGAAUAGGAGCGAAUGGGCCGCACCAUCCGGCCAGGCUGCACGUCAGUCAGAACCAGGAGGGCCGCAGGUGUGGUCGCCUCGUUGCUUAUUUUGGCCCCCUUUUUGUGUCCUGUGCCGCCGUUGCUUAGAUCACCAUCAAGCAGGUUCUCAACGUCGUUUCUAACCCAACGCCAGCAUCUCCCUGCUCGCAGGACAGACCCGGACCUUAACACCGCCAAAUAUGAGGCUCGUCUUUGAUGAUGAAUGAGCCAGGUCUACGGGCGGCCGUUGGUGCCAUAACGUCGAUGUCAGUGCACAAACCACCCCGCGGGUUAUAGAGCCCGAGGGUUACCUCUCAGGCAUCGCACUUGUGAGAAAACAUCGUGUGGUUCCCGCUCCACGUUACAUCCACUUUGUCGCCAUCUGUCGUACGGCGCAGACUGCCUCUCUUAGGGUCUAGAUUUUGCGCGCUCGACCCGAGCACAUCUGCCAGUCGGCAUUUACGCCCCCCUAGACUCGGGGUUUCCGUUGCACCUGCUGUCCAAAUCGACAAUCCUAAGUAGAUUGGGUUGCUACGCCACAGACCUGCCGCAAGCCAUCACCCAAAGAUGCUUAACGAAAUCCCUGAGCAAUUAAAAUUACUCGUGCGGGCUAAAAGCGCCUGCAAUUUAACGGUCCUCCGGACUAGAAACCAAUGUAUCGCCGAAAAAGGUAAUAAACCGCCCACCAUUUUUUGCACGGUGUACAAAAGAAUUAAAAUAAUUUCGUACAACCUUUCGGACCGUGCUUUCGUUUUUAGCAAUUAUUUGCUAAAGCGUAUAAAAAAAAAGUAUUUCGGUAAAUUACUAAUCGGGAAAAAAAAAACGUUAUUUUUUUGCUUAUUAAAUUAUUCGCAGGCAAAAAGCAAAGCCUUUUCGCGGAAAGCAUGGAACCAAUCGUUACGAUCCCGGCGUUAUUGCCAAUAUAUCCGGAUAAAAUCGACCUCGUUUUAA